CAACCGAACAAGGGGAGACAGACACCAUGCAAGAUACCUUCAAUCUUGGCAUAUGGAACCGAAGUUUCUACAUUUUCACAAGCCACCGAACUAACACGCGAGUCAGCGGUCAAUCACCAACCAACCAACCAAAACUUCCCCCAUACCAUCCCAGAAAAAUCCACCACCCACACCGAAGCUUCAAGAACUCAUCGGCCCCACCCCCACCUCCUUCCACAAUCCCCCCAUCAUCUUCCCUCCAGAUUUCUCUAAAUUUGCACAAUCCCCGCCUCCCAAAACCAACCAAAUCUCCAGGUCUUCAAUCUCCUCGCGGCAUUUAGUUUCGUUCAGGCAUUUUCAGAAACACCUCGAUGGCGGCAGAGGACGGCGCGGUCACAAUCUACAACAGCAGCGCAAUCACCGACGCCAACAACAAGAAGAACCCAUAUUCGAUCAAGGUCGGCCUCGCCCAGAUGCUCCGCGGCGGCGCCAUUGUUGAGGUCAACACCCCCGAGCAAGCAAGGCUCGCCGAAGACGCCGGCGCUUGCUCCGUCAUCGUCUCCGACCCGCCCCGCAACCGAGGCAUUUCGCGCAUGUCCGACCCCUGUCUCAUCAAGGACAUCAAACGUGCCGUUUCGAUCCCCGUCGUGGCCCGAUCACGGAUCGGGCAUUUCGUCGAGGCCCAGAUCCUCGAAUCAAUCGGCGUCGACUACAUCGACGAGAGCGAGUAUCUAGCGAUGGCGGACGAGGAACAUUUCAUAAACAAGCACAAUUUCCAGACCCCUUUCAUCUGCGGAGCUCAAACGCUCGGCGACGCGUUGAGGAGAGUGAGAGAAGGCGCGGCGAUCAUACGAAUCCAAGGCGAUCUAACCGGGUCCGGCAACGUCGCCAUGACUGUAAAAAACGUCAGAUCGGUGAUGGGUCAGAUUAGGCUGCUCAACAACAUGGACGACGACGAAGUCUUUGCGUUUUCGAAGACGAUUCAAGCACCGUACGACCUGGUUGCGCAAUCCAAGCAAAUGGGUCGGCUGCCGGUGGUGCUGUUCGCCUCCGGUGGCAUCGUGACGCCGGCCGACGUGGCGUUGAUGAUGCAAUUGGGUUGCGACGGAGUGUUUAUCGGGUCGGAUGUAUUCAAUUGCUCGGAUCCGUAUAAGCGGGUGAUCGACAUUGUUCAGGCGGUUAGGAACUACAAUGAUCCGCAUGUGCUGGUGGAGGUGAGUUCCGGGUUGUCGGAUCUGAUGGCGGGUUUGGGUUUCGGUGAGGACAGGAUCGAACAGUUUGGCAGCGGCCACGGAGGUGUUUGAUCAGGCGACUUAAUCAUGUAACGUAGCUCUAAACUCUUUCUUUGUUUGGUGUUAAAGCAUAGAGGAAUGUUAUUAUACAUGGAUAUCUGUGGCUCUCUGUUGUGACUAGUCACUUGUGUCCAUUUUUUCAUGUUGUAUUGAGGCCAAUUUUGUGAAAAUGCAGGUAGGAUUGAGAAUAAUAAUUUCGUUUGUUCGACUCUGUCGAGAUGUUUAGGAAUAAUGCUCUACUUAAUUUGAGGUAUUAAUGAGAAUAAUUUUGUUCAUC